AUGCAUGCGAGCGAUGCAGUCUAUGCCUCGUUGGAGGCACUAAUAGCCGUUUGCUGCUGCUUGGGCAACGCUCUGGUCAUCGUAGCUGUGUGGACGACCAAAAGCAUCGGGCAGCCCACUUUCUGUUUGAUCAUUUCGCUGGCAGUAGCCGAUUGUGCGGUGGGCCUAGUGGCCAUCCCGUUGGCUGUGCUGGUGGACGGCAGGGCUCACACGUCCUUUAUCGCUUGCCUUUUUAUCAGCUGCGUGGUCAUCCUCUUGACCCUGGUGUCCAUUUUGUCCCUCAUGGCCAUCACAGUGGACCGCUUUCUUCGUGUCUACAUUCCUCUCAGGUACAAAAGAACAGUAACUCAGAGACAUUCGUGGUCCGCAGUUGCAGCGUGUUGGCUCGUCGCUCUGCCUCUGAGUUUCACACCUAUGCUCGGUUGGCACAAUAAAGACCCUUCUUCCCACGGGUCCUCCAAUGCCACGUUCACAUGCCAGUUCAUCACCGUGAUACCCAUGUCUUACCUGGUCUACUUCAACUUUUUCCUCUGCACUCUGACGCCAUUGCUAGUCAUGUCAGUGCUAUACGGCUACAUCUUCUGCGUCAUUCGCGGGAACCUUCGAGAAAAACCAGGCAACGGAGCCCAGGCCAGAUCUGACAUCUACCUGAAGAAAGAGAAGCAGUUGGCGGGAUCUCUCGCAUUGGUCUUGGCUCUCUUCGCCUUCUCCUGGAUCCCGCUGCACGUGCUGAACUGUGUCGCAUAUUUUGAAUUGGCCGAAGUGACGGCGAGCGCUUUUCAUGCGGGCAUCCUGUUGUCUCACGCAAACUCUGCUGUAAACCCGGUGGUGUACGCCUUUAGGAUCCGCAAGAUCAGGAUGGCCUACCGGAAGAUGUGGAGGAGAUGCCUAACAUGCGGGAACGAGCUUCAAGUCUCUCAGUCCAGCCAGACCACGGACAACAACCAAAGCAACAGUAUGGACAAUGUGACCUUGCAUGCUUAA